AUGGAGACUAACCACUCCACACAGCUCUCCAUAGAGCCAUCAACACCCCCAGGAGACAGUCCAUCAACACCCAAUCAGAAUGGUCUGGGGAAGCAAGAUGGUCAACAUUCCUCAACCUCACUCCACACCCCAGAGCUAGAGCCAAGUGUGCACCCUGAAAAGGGAGCUUGUGAUAUCUCAGAGGAGUUGAACCGACAACUGGAAGACAUCCUAAGCACGUAUGGGUCUGCUGCCAGUCCUAUGGGGAAAGAAGAUCCUGCCAAGAACAAGGAGCAGCCUGUCAGUGCAGACACACCAGAUAAUGAGGAUGGGGACUGUGAAGAGACCACUGAAGAGGCUGAAAGAGAGCCCACUGCUGCUGGAGAGCCAUCUACAGUUAAAGAGCCUGCCAGCAAUAAAGAGCAGAAACUGGAAAAGAAAAUCCUGAAAGGAUUAGGCAAAGAAGCUAAUUUGCUAAUGCAAAACCUGAACAAGCUUCAAACACCUGAAGAAAAGGUUGAUUUUUUAUUCAAGAAGUAUGCUGAAUUGCUGGAUGAGCAUCGCACUGAGCAAAAGAAGUUAAAACUCUUCCAAAAGAAACAGGUACAAAUCCAGAAGGAAAAGGACCAGUUACAGAGCGAACACAGCCGAGCGGUGCUGGCGCGAAGCCAGCUGGAGAGCCUGUGCCGGGAGCUGCAGAGGCACAACAGGACGCUGAAGGAGGAAACACUCCAGCGGGCACGCGAGGAAGAAGAGAAGAGAAAAGAGAUCACAAGUCACUUCCAGACAACCCUGACGGAUAUCCAGGCUCAGAUAGAGCAGCAGAGUGAGCGGAAUAUGAAGCUCUGUCAGGAGAACACAGAACUGGCAGAAAAACUGAAAAGCAUCAUCGACCAAUAUGAGCUCAGAGAGGAGCAUCUGGACAAAAUAUUCAAGCACAGAGAACUGCAGCAGAAGCUGGUGGACGCAAAGCUUGAGCAGGCGCAAGACAUGAUGAAGGAGGCGGAGGAACGGCACCAACGCGAGAAGGAAUAUUUGCUGAACCAGGCAGCAGAGUGGAAACUUCAGGCCAAGGUGCUGAAGGAGCAGGAGACAGUGCUGCAGGCUCAGCUUACUCUCUACUCAGGAAGGUUUGAAGAGUUUCAGAGUACACUGACAAAAAGCAAUGAAGUGUUUGCCACUUUCAAACAGGAAAUGGAUAAAACGACUAAGAAAAUGAAGAAGCUGGAAAAGGACACAGCCACAUGGAAAGCCCGGUUUGAGAACUGCAACAAAGCCCUGCUGGACAUGAUCGAAGAGAAAGCGCUGAGAGCAAAGGAGUACGAAUGCUUCCUGAUGAAAAUCGGGAGGCUGGAGAACCUCUGCCGCGCUUUACAGGAAGAGAGAAAGGAACUCUACCAAAAACUCAGGGAAGCAAAAACAGCCGAAAAGGACGCCCAUAGUCAGCACAGCUCUGACGAAGAGCCAGAGUCGAGCAUCUCUGAGGAUAAAGACAUGGAUGCCGAGGAGGCCAGCAGGGUUCAAACCGCCGUGCAGAAUCUAGCCGCAGCCUUCACCAUAACGCAUCAUCCCGAGUCCACCCUCGACCAGUCGGAAGAAGUGAGUGACCCUCAGGAUGGUGGUGACCCCGCCCUCCAGGAGCCGGAACAGCCUGCUGUGAUCCGAUCAGAGUGUCCUCUCCCUCCCGAAGCUGAGGCCAAGGAGGACCUUAGGGGAGUGGCUGACCCUGAGGCUAUCAGCAUCCCCUUGGGGCCAGGGACAGAGCUCAGAGGCCAGGGUCUCCAGGAGCCCCAGGAACCAGAGGCAAUAGUUUCAGGCCAGGCCCUAGGGUCCCCAACCCAGGCCUCUCUCCCCAAGGUGAAGGCAAAUGGUCCCGCUCCACCUCCCCCCACAAGUGAGUCAGUUCCAGCUGGGGUGCCCAGAGGUGAGCCCAGUGAACAGCCCCCACCAGUAGCCAUAGGGAAGAUGCCCUCGGGGGCCUCCGCAGGACCCCAGCUACCCAAAGAGCCUGACUCUAGUCUGGAAGGAGUAGACUAA